CUCCAGAUGCUGUUUCCAGGGAACUAAGCUGCUUUCUAAUUAAAACUGCAAAGAGCAAUGGAGAGUUUAGGCAAAGACCAUGCUUCUUCGGACUCUUCCCUGCCACCCUCUGCAGCCUGUGAGGAGUAUGCUGUGCCAGAUGUCAUCAUAACCCGUCGCUUGAGAGACCGGGAGUUGCUCAGGAAAAGAAAAGCAGAAGCCCUGGAGAAAGAUUCAGCUCAGUGGGUUAUGAGAGACUAUAAGAGCGAACAGCAAAGGAGAGCCAGAAGAGCCAAAAGAGGACGGGGCCGUCAGACAGUGGUCAAGGCUGUCCUGGAGUCAGAGCCAGCAGUGGAGCCCCAGCCUGACCCAGACGAGAAGGCUGAGCCAGUGCCCACGGAGCCAGCACUGCCUGAAGCAGGCUUUCAACAGCAGCCACCCAUGCUGACCAUCCAGAACAUGGUCGGUGGGAUGCCAGCAGUGGCAGAGGAAGGGGAGCUGGCAGACAGGAGCUUGGACCCUGCUGGUGAAGAAGAUGUGCUGAAACCAGCAGAAGCAGCUAUACUAGAAGAGUUGAAUACUCCUCUGGAAAAUGACCACCAGGAUAACGAAUACAUUCCACAUAUUCUGUAUUAACUUUCUGAUUGUUUGGGGAUAUCUUUUAUUUUUACUCUCACGUCACAAACUUGAUAAGUAUGGCGCAGUGAUUUUGAGCAGCUGCUUUCUUGGGAGCCAUAAAGCCCAUACUCUCCUUGUCACUCUGCUUUCAAUGCUUCUUCCAGGCUAGAGAGGCAGCCCCUAGGGAGCUGCCUGUGGCUUAUGAGCCUCCUGCUCUCUCUGCAAACAGGCUGUAUUGCUUGGGCCCAUGGAAGGCUUCACAGUGCUCUGCCACACUACACUUCAGUUGUACAGUCCAGCAUCCACCUGUGUUUCUGAAAGUAAUUUCUUAUUUGCAUAAAUGUGAGUGGCAUUGCAAAGCUAACACUCACUGUGAUUUUAGCUGGCUGGAGAAGCCCAGCUUGGGCUUUUUACUGCACCCCACAAACCCCACCACCCUUUGCGCUAUUAUUUUUAGUCUGAAAGUUUUUCUCAUAGCCUGUUUUCAUCUGCAAUAAACAUCUUGCUUUCCUAAA